AUGUCGCAUUCCGAAGAUUCAUACUCGGAGGAAGAAUCUCGCACUGCCUCGCAGUACAGCGACGAACAAUCGCUAGCUGACGACGACGACGAAGAGGAGGAAGAGGAAGAGGAGUCAACCGAACAGGAAGACUCUGAUCAAGAAUCGUCAAAUUAUUCUAGCAGUCGUUACGAUCAUUCGGACUCCGCGUCAACCGGCUACGGCUCCUAUUACGGUCGGAGACAAGUCGCUCGGCGAACUCAGACUCCUACUCGCGAGCAUCGCGGCCCAGCACGUCGACACCAACUCCCCGCGCAUCAGGCUGAUCCGUUCCAAUAUCAGGUUACGCAAGAGCCAAUGAGUGAUUCAUACGACGACGAUUACUACUCGGCCUACGGACACCGCGGUUAUCCGCCGCCAGUCCCCCACACCCAGGGCGCUUUUUAUAACCAUAAUUCCAGGCAUUCUUACGCCCCUAGUCACAGCGGUUACGGAUAUAGUGGCCAAAUGAUUCCCUACGGCGAUCCGUACCAAAGAGACUAUCAUCGGGGCUACCAGAGGGGGGCUUAUGAGGACCCCUAUGGUGCGGACCCACGCCGCAGCGGUGUCCCCUACUACGGCGACCCUCGUGGCCACCACCCGUAUGAUCUCAUGCAUUACGGGUCGCAGGCGAUAAAUCCUUACUACGGCCCCGGUGGCCCUGGUCCCUUUGGUAUGCCUGGGCACCUCCAGCACUAUAUGUACAACGCCCCUCCUCCUCCGCCAACAGAAGUUGGAGACCGGUCUACUCCUAAGCCUGAAAAAGAAAAGAAGAAGAAGGAGGUCGAGCUUCCUCCGGAAGUAUUGGAGAUGAAAAAGCAGCUCGAAGCACAAAUGCAGGCACUUAAGCUGAAGGAGGAGGAGGAAAGGAAGAGAAAGGAAGAGGAGGAGCUCAAGGAAAGGGCACGAAAGGAGGCUGAAGAGAAGUUAAGACAAGAAUUGGAGCGGCAAAAGCAAGAAGAAGAAAGGAGGAAGAAGGAGGAAGAGGAAAGACGGCUGGAACUGGAACGCCUACGCCUCGAAGCCCAACAGCAAGCUCUUGCUCGUCUUGAAGAAGAGCGCAAGGCUGCUGAAGAAGCCCGCAAGCGCCAGGAAGAAGAGAUGGCGCGGCUCCAGCGCGAAGCCCGCGAAAAGUUGGAGGCUGAAAUUAGGGCUGCUGAGGAGCGGAGGCGGCAGGAGGAAGAGACCCGAAAGAGGCUCGAGGAAGAAGCCAGGAGGAAGCUUGAGGCCGAGCUGCGGGCCGCUGAAGAACGCAAAAAGCGUGAAGCUGAGGCCGCAGCCCUGGCUGAAGCCCAGGCCAGGGCUCGGCUUGAGCAGGCCCUUCGCGAAGAGAGGGAAAGACUGCAAGCCGAGCUUAAGGCUGAGGAAAAACGCAAGCAAGAAGCUGCCCAGAGGGCCGCUGAGGAGGCGGAAAGGCUCAAGCGCAUUGAGGAAGAGCACCAGAGAAAGCUUGAAGCAGCUAUGAAGGAGCAGCAAGCGAAGCUUGAGGCUGCCAUUCGGGAAGAACGUGAGAAGAUGGAAGCGGCCCGUAGAGCCGAGGAAGAAGCAAAGGCGGCUGCUGCUAGGAAGGCUGCCGAGGAAGCUGAGAAGCUCAAGCGCAUUGAGGAAGAACAUCAGCGUAGGCUUGAGGCGGCUAUGAAGGAGCAACAGCUUAAGCUUGAGGCUGCUCUUCGCGAGGAGCGCGAAAAACUCGAGGCGGCCCGCAAAGCCGAGGAAGAGGCAAAGGCGGCAGCUGCUGCCGCUGCCGCGGCGGAAGCCGAGAGGAUUGCCAGGAUCGAGGCCGAAGCGAAGGCGAAGGCCGAGAAAGAGACCCUCGAGCGUAUUGAGCGUGAAAAGAGGGAAGAGGAGGAGAGGAGGAAGGCUGAGGAAGAGCGCAAGAAGGCCGAGGCGGCUGAGCGGAAGAGGAUUGAGGAAGAGACCAAGAAGAAGCUUGAGGAGGAGAAGAAGCAGGAGGAGAAGCCGCCCAUCAAGUUCAAGGAUGCCAUUGGCCGCAAGUUUGAGUUCCCUUGGAACAUUGCUUGCACCUGGCAGGGUAUGGAGGAUCUCAUCAAGCAGGCCUUCCUCCACAUCGAACCCAUUGGCCCGGCAGUCCAGGAAGGACACUAUGAUUUGAUCGGCCCCAACGGCGAGGUCAUCCUCCCUAUGGUUUGGGACAAAGUUGUUCAGCCUGACUGGCAGAUCACUAUGGUGAUGUGGCCGACCGAGAAGGCCCGUGUUCAGCAGCCUGGUCCUCCCGUUCCCCCUGGUAUCACUCCCGCCCAGGUUCAGGCCCAAGCACAGGCCCAGGCUGUCAAUGGCCAGCGUACAGGCCAUCACCACCAUCGUGCUACUUCUGUUCCCGGAAUCUCCACGACCUUUGUCCGCCCUAACGGGACUGCUCCCCGUCCUCCGCAGCCUCCUGCCGGUUGGACCCCUGCCAUGGGUGGUAUGCCGCCCCCACCCCCGCCCCCGCCGGGUAUGCCUCCUGUGGCACGGCCAAAUAUUGUUGAUGUCGUGCCUCCGGCAAAGGCCAAGGAGAAGAAGAUCAAGCCCAGCCCGGUGCUCGGAUGGAUGGCGGGUGCUAAGCCUGUAGCUAAGCCCACGAAGAAGUAG